GCGGAUGGGGGCGGUAUGGACUACUGGGAAAGAAAAACGAGGAACGGGGAAGAGCGAGUACGAAAUUGUGGCAGCGGUAAACAGCAGAAGUUAUCUGAUGAUCUCAAAGCAUUGAGAUGCUAGUACGAGCAGGAAAGCCUCGUGGAGACAUGUAGACAUCAACUACGUUCGGCACGAGCAGACCAACAUCCAGAAAAAGCGCUGCGCGUGUUCAUGUUUUGAUGCGCUGAGGCUCGAGUCGCAGGUUCUGGUCAACAUUCCUCCCGACCGACGCGACGCGGUGGAGGAACCGCACAACUGAGUAAUGCUCUCACUUUUCCAGCGAGACGAUGGAUGAAAAAUCCUACUACAGCCGGCUCCUCAUCGCACUCCUUAUGGUCCUGUGUUUCGGCGUUAUUGUGUUACAAUACGUCUGCCCCACGUCCGACUGCCAGUUGCUCCACCUGGUGUCAUUGUCCUCGAGACUGGGAAGCCGCGCGCCCGGGGAUCGCAUGAACGGAGCCGGUGCGGGAGAUCCGUACAGCUCCGAGGACGGUGCUUUGGUUCGAUUCGUACCUCGCUUUAAUUUCACCACCAAAGACCUUAAUCGCGCUGUAGACUUCAACAUCAAGGGGGACGAUGUUAUAGUGUUCCUUCACAUCCAGAAAACCGGGGGGACCACGUUCGGCCGUCACCUCGUUCGCAACAUCCAGCUGGAGAGGCCGUGCGAGUGCCAUGCGGGCCAGAAGAAGUGUACCUGCUACCGCCCGGGGAAACGGGACACCUGGCUGUUCUCCCGGUUCUCCACCGGCUGGAGCUGCGGGCUGCACGCGGACUGGACGGAGCUCACCAACUGCGUGCCUUCCUUCAUGGGCAACCGAGAGUCUCAGGAGAGGCACAGGACUCCUAGUAGGAACUAUUACUACAUCACGAUCUUGAGGGAUCCGGUGUGGCGGUACCUGAGCGAAUGGAGGCACGUUCAGCGCGGUGCCACCUGGAAGGCCUCUAAACACAUGUGUGACAGCCGUUUACCCACUGUGUCUGAGCUGCCUAGCUGUUACACUGGUGACGACUGGUCGGGUUGUUCGUUAGAGGAAUUCAUGGUGUGUCCUUACAACCUGGCCAACAACAGACAGACCCGUAUGCUGGCCGACCUCAGCCUGGUGGGCUGCUAUAACCUCUCCAUCAUGAAUGAGAGCCAGCGCUGGGCCGUGCUAUUGGAAAGUGCCAAGCGCAACUUGCGAAACAUGGCCUUUUUUGGUCUGACUGAAUAUCAGCGUAAGACGCAGUACCUCUUUGAGCACACGUUCCGCUUGUCCUUCAUCACGCCAUUCACGCAACUCAACGGCACACGUGCUGCGAGCGUAGAGGUGGAACCGGAGACCCAGCGCAGGAUCCGAAAGCUAAACCAGUGGGACGUGGAGCUGUACGAAUACGCACGGGACCUUUUUCUCCAGCGCUUCCAGUACGCCAGGCAGCAGGAGCGCAGGGAGGCCCGGCAGCGACGCCUGCGGGAGAGGCGCAAGUUACGUGCCAAGGUGAAGCCUUGGUGGGGGGUGACUGGAAAAGUUGUUUUUAAACCCACCAAGGAGACACCAGUGACAGAACAACCUCCCUCUUUCUUGGGAGAAAAACAAGCAGAUGCUGGACAAACGCUGGAGAGCGAAACAGAAGGACAGGAAGAGGACAACUGGUUAGAGGAGGAUGACAGUGAAACUAUAUUGGACUAUUUAGAAAACGUAGAGCAGUGGCGGUAGCCACCAGCUAUUUGGGAAGAGGUUUGAACUUAAUACUGGACUAGAAAAUGGUGAUUCCAUUUGAUUACUUUGGGGUACCUAUAAUCCUUUAAGCCCAAAUCACUGCUAAAUAUUAGCAUUUACGGGUUGUUAAUAAGCGGGCUGCUCUAUCUGUGACAAAUGCAUUUUGUGGAACGCACAUCAAAAUUCUCAUAUAUAUUGAUUCUUAGCACCAGUUCUGUUAGAUACCAUAUUUCAGGGAUCUCCAACCCUGCUCCUGGAGAGCUACCGUCCUGCAGACUUCAGUUCCAACCGUGCUUCUACACACCUGUCUGUAAUGAUCAAGUAGCCCUGAACACCUUGAUUAGCUGGUUCAGGUGUGUUUGAUUGGGGUUGGAGCUGAAAUCUCUCCAGGAGCAGGGUUGGAGACCACUGCCAUAUUUGAAUUACUGUCUUGCAGCCUGAUGUGUCUUGUGAACUGAAAAGUGAUAAAAUCCACUGUCCCAUCACCACUCUGCCCUCGAGAGAGGGCAUUUUGACUCCAGGUUGCAUGUACUGAAAUCACUAUGGAUGAAAAGCAUUUGCUUAUCGUGAAAGCCAAAGAUUGGAAUGUUUCAGAAAUACCAUUUUCCGACCUUGUUGUUCUGAGGAAGAAUCUGGUUGAAGCAUGUUUUUAUUUACAUUCCUGUAAUGUAAAAUUACAGAGAUUGCCAAUUUUUUUUUUUUUUCAAGUGUCCUCAACCGUUACAAUCCCAUGCACAUCACAAGUCAGCCUUAUGUUGAAGUCUAACAUUAUUUUUUGAUUUAAGAUGUUUUAUUAUGGGUUAGCUCAUAUUUUGUUACUUGAAAAUAAAAAGCCAUCGUGAAUCACUUCAACUGCUGAAUUUAUACCACGCCAUAGGUUAUACCGAGGAGCACCGAUUGCUCUAAACGAAAAUGAAUUACAUUUGUGAGUACUAAUGAAUAACAUUUUUUAUAAUAA